AGUUGUCCAGUGCUCCAAUAAAGGUGUUGAAGAUUUUCCAUAUGGAAUCCCCUAUAAUGCCCACUACAUCCUCCUGAUGAACAACCACAUCAGCAGCAUCCAGCUGGACUUGCUCAGUGAAUAUUCCGUCCUCUAUCUGGACAGGAAUCAACUUCAAAGUGUGCCAACCGACCUCCCAAUUUCUCUCGAGGAGCUACGACUGGACAACAAUCUCCUGGAGACGAUGUCUGAGGCGGCCUGGGCACAGUGUCCUAGUCUGCUGGUUUUAAGCCUGAGCAACAACAGCCUGGGGAAUAGAUCUGGAUCUCUUCCUCCUGGUGCACUGUCCCCUCUGCACAAUCUACGUACCCUGAACCUGGAUUAUAAUCAGCUAGCCUCGGCACCUUUAGAGUUACCACUGUCCAUAAAGGAGUUAUAUCUUAGAGGAAACCACCUUGAGCAACUUAACCGAGGGGUUUUUAAUGGCAUAUCACAGAUGUUGGUGUUGGAUCUCAGUGCAAACAGGUUGAAGAGCAAAGGCCUUCUUAGAGAUUCCCUCAUCAAUGCGACACAUUUGGAAAGCCUAAACUUAGAAGGAAACAAACUAAAGGAAGUGCCGCGAAACCUUCCUAACUCUCUGAAAACUCUAAAUCUGGAAGGCAAUCUAAUAUCUUCCAUAAAGAAAGCCUCCUUCCGCAACUUGGACAACCUCGAGCACUUGGACUGGCAAGAAAUGCAAUUUUCAAAGUAUCCGCCUGUGCAUUUAAGGCCUUGCAUCGGUUAGACCUGUGUCACAACAAGUUGCACCAGGUGCCCAGGCGACUGCCUGAAGGCCUGCACUCGGUAGCACUCGCAUACAACAAGAUCGAGUCAGUGCAACGCGUUCUGCUGGGGCAGUCAAAGUCUUACUCUCAGCAGACUUGUGCAAGUACGUCUGGAGCACAACAUGGGGAAGCUGGAUGUGCGCGCUUUCAGGUGUUUACGUGGAAUGCAGGUCGUGCACUUCCACUGAACUUCCAAACCAUGGAAGUUUUAAAUAGAUCUGCUGCUCCAGGACUCGGCCCUUUUUUAUAUCGACUCCUCCACUUUUAAACAAAGACUUCAGCACUCACACAGGCCAACUGUGAAAACAAAUGACCACAUUUUAUUAUGUGUAAAGUUCAGCUCAUUGUGUGUGACCAGCCCAUGUCUUCCUCUCUGACUGUUUUUGUGGGAGAUAGCUUUCCUCGCAGGCGUGUUGCUUUGCAGUGGUUUGUGUGAAACACCGACUGAAAACACAGGAAAGUCCAGAAUCCACGAGGAUCCAGUUUUA